AUGAACCCUAUUACCUCUCAAGCUCUCUCUUCCUGGCAGUCGUUUUGGUCUCCGGCCACCAAACAGCAACCAGGACCGGGCAGGCCCAGUGGUGGUCUACUAUCACUGGCCGUAGCCAGUGUAAAUACUACAACCCUGUCAUCCUGCAAUGCCUGGAUCAUCUCCAAGCUCUGUAUACAGAAAUUAUCCAUAAUCUCUAUCUCCGUAUAUUUUCACCCGAGCGCAGACCUAUCCACACUCUUAAGCCAACUUCAAGCGACAAUCAACGACAUUCUGGCCACACAUUACUUUGACUUAUUUAUCAUCGCCGGCGACUUCAACGCCAGACCUGGCACACUUGGACACACGGACGAAAAUAUAAUACGAGGCUCCUCCCUUAAUAAGGAUCGUUCCUCGCUGGACCUCAUACACAAUCAAAGAGGCUCAACAGUUCUGGAGUUUUUCGAAGCAAACGGUUUCACCCUUCUUAAUGGUCGUACACCUAGCGACACGCCAGGUCACUUCACGUUUACAAACAAAAAUGGACAAAGUGUGGUUGACUUGACCUGGGUAAACAACGACAGCCUUCACCUAGUCAAAGACAUGUGGGUUGACGAAAUAGUUUCUAAGUCGGACCACUUUCCAACUACAAUUGAAAUUUACUCCAAGUAUAGUGCAAAUAUGGAUGUGUCAAAUCCUGCCCAGGGUACAUCCAAGGCUACACAGUACAAACUCUGCUGGAAGAAGGACAAGAAGAACAACUACAAGCACCAAAUGGCCUGGUCUCCACGGAUCACUUGUGACCUUGCUCACUCACACACCGACAUACUGUGUGAUAACCUAUGUUCUGCCAUUCUAGAUGCCGCCAGUGAAUGCCAGCUAAUCCACACUGUCCAUACUAACUCCAAGCGAGUCUAUCACAAGCCCUGGUACAACAACGAAUGUGCAGCUGCCAAGGCUGCCGUCAAAUCCUCUCUGGCCCAGUGCAAAGCAGCACUUCAACCUUGGUCAAGUUACCACGACAUCAAAGCCAAAUACUACUCCUUAUUAAAGGAUCGUCGCUCUGAUUUUGAUCUACAGAUUCGCAAGAAAUUUAGAAAUGUUCGCAACGCAACUGAGUUCUGGUCUGUGGUGAAUUCUGCCCGUAAAACUACACUGAAGCCAUCGCAAAUAACCCUCGGACAAUGGGAAUCUUUCUUCCACGACAUAUAUGCCCAUAAUCCAGCACCCGAUUACUUAUAUUCGAGCCCUUCGGACCCUCAGCUUGACAAGGACAUCACAAUAGAGGAAUUAAAUCUCAGCCUAGCUAAGUCGAAAAUGGGUAAAUCGCCCGGCACUGACGGCAUACCCAAUGAGUUUUACAAAGCGCUACCAAACAACUGGAAACUAUAUCUAGUAGCUCUCUUCAACAAAAUUUUAAGCACUGGUACAACGCCCACAGAAUGGUCUCACAUUCUGAUGUGUAUGCUCCACAAAAAGGGCGAUCUGCUGAAUCCCAGCAACUACCGGGGCAUUGCCCUCGUAAACAGUCUCGAAAAAAUAUUCACCCAGAUUAUCCAUGAAAGAAUCCGUGCUCAUUCUGCCACCUUCCGGACACCGAAUCUGCUGAACAUUUCAUUUCCGACUGCCCUGCACUGUCUAACCUCAGACACAAGUACCUGA